AUGAACUCGUUGAAUAUCUUGUCCUCGCGAGUCAUUGGCCAGUCGUCCAGUUCUAGACGCCCACGAUCGCAUUCACAAAGUGAUGGUCAGCGCGUAAUCCCGCCUAGUGACUUUGCGAAGUAUCGAUCCUACAGCGAAAAUAAUUUUCGGGCAUUCACCGCUGAAACUGGCUACGAUGGAACGGCAUCACAAGCAGAUGAAGACCAACACCAAGAAGAUGACUCACUUGAAUCGUUCAAUGAUAAGACCAUAUUCCUUCACAAAGAUGGUACACUUGUAGCACAAGGUCCCUGGCGACUUAUCACGAAGCGCAUCUUUGCCGCGAUCAUGGAAACAAUACGAUUCAUUCUAUCUACACUGGCUGCACCUGGUGUCUAUGUGGCUCAGCUCUUCCAAACCAAUGAAGGUUACUACUCUCUUCUUGCUCCCGUAAGAAAGAUCUGGCGAUCCUCUGCCGAUACAAGGCCCCGGCCGGAUAAAGUACCGACUCGGGUAGUAGGUCGGCGGCGGAGUGGCUCCACCCACAAGUCGAAGCGCCAUACAUCUCGUGAUUCCAACUUGUCCACUACGUCUGAAUCAGAUACAGAUUCUCGGGUCAUCAAUAAACCGAAAAGUCGACCAAGCCAUUCCCAAGACCCGAAUCCUGAUGCCGUACUAGAUGACAGCACGCCUCGUCGAUCUAUACGAAUCAAGCUCCAUCAUGAAGAGUCUCUCAAGCAGCAGAGACAACGGCGAUCACAGGGUGCAGACCAAGGCCAGCCGAUGCCAGAGGGUGUGACCCGCAUCCAGGCAGCUGUCAACCUAGACAGUCUGAAGUCUCCAACAUCUCCAUCCGUUCAUCGCAUCACUAGAUAUCCGCAUUCUCCUACUCCACCACGGCCACUUCUCCCUCCACGAUUGCCUUCAUAUACGGCAGCUACGCGAAAUGCUAAGCUGCCGCAGAAGACCUUAGUACUGGACCUAGAUGAAACCCUCAUCCACUCGCUUUCCAAGGGUGGCCGCAUGUCCAGUGGUCAUAUGGUUGAGGUAAAACUCUCCAUGCCAAUAUCUGCUGCCAGUGCCGGUGGACAGCAAAAUACACCGGGACCCCAACAUCCCAUUUUGUACUAUGUUCACAAACGGCCCCAUUGCGAUGAGUUCCUCCGCAAGAUUUGCAAGUGGUACAAACUCGUCAUCUUUACGGCCAGUGUCCAAGAGUACGCCGACCCCGUGAUCGACUGGCUCGAGCAGGAACGCAAGUACUUUCACGCCCGCUAUUACCGCCAACAUUGCACAUACCGCAGUGGUGCUUACAUCAAAGAUCUUAGUUCUGUGGAACCGGAUCUGAGUAAGGUGAUGAUUCUGGAUAACAGCCCGCUGAGCUACAUCUUCCAUGAAGAUAACUCAAUUCCCAUUGAGGCCUGGCUCAACGAUCCCACUGAUAACGACCUACUGCAACUGAUUCCCAUGUUGGAGGCUUUACAAUAUGUUACUGAUGUCCGAGCAUUCUUGGGACUUCGCCGUGGCGAGACUCAGCAUUAA